CGCAUCCACCUCUCAGUGUGCAGUGUCUCGCCGCGAUCGGUGCAUCCUACAAGCGCCAGCAACUUUAGUAAGAUCACGGUGUUCGCCACGAUUCACCCUGUUACGUCAAGAAGAUUUAUACGUCGCUCUAGAUAUUAUCACGAGGCAGUUUAUUACCUCCAAUGAUAGCAAAGGAAUCAACCCGAAGCGUCGCGCGCCGUCUAUAUAUAGGUGUAUACUCGUUCCCGUGAAAAAGUUAAGUGAUUAGUAGUGUGUCAACUCUCACGAUUAUACGGAACACCUGAAGUGCUCUCAAAUAAAUAAGAGCGAACCAAGCAAACAGGUGUCGCGCCGUUAACGUCGCCACGUUUAACUAAUUCGUAGAUUUCAAAAGAACCUCCCGACUGUUGAUAAAAGGAACAAUGAUGCCAUCAGAAGAUAACUCUCUUAUGGAAAGAUUGAUCACUACUGAUCAUUUCCAUAAUGAUGAAGAAGAUCAUCAUCAUGAAGAGGAAGAUGUAUACGAUGUAUUGGUUGCAAAAGGAGUUACUAUGAUCAUUUUAUGCGCAGUCAGUACAUGCAUGGGGAUUCUACCAAUGCAAAUGGCAAAAUGCUUGAAAUGGAAAACAAGUGACGUCGGAAAUCCCAGGUCAACAAAACUGGUGAGCAUACUUUUGGGAUUCGGUGGCGGCGUUCUUUUCUGUACAACGUUUCUUCAUCUACUGCCAGAAGUAAAAGAAGGGGUAGAACAUCUUAUCGAAGAAAAGAAACUUCCUGAACUCAGCUUUUCAUUAGCUGAAACACUUACGUGCGCUGGGUUCUUCUUAAUGUAUUUAGUGGAAGAAUCGGUGCACACGCAUUUGAGGAAGAAGCAAUCCAUCAAGGACGAUUUCUCGAAGAAGGAUGUCAACCGUAGCACCAACGAAUUAGUCGAAAAUGGGCAUUCACACUAUAACGGGCAUUCGCAUCACUUGCCAGUCAUAAUGGACGAGAAAGACGACUUCGUCAUAAGUUCUCUACGAGGAUUAUUAAUAGUUCUGGGUUUAUCCGUGCAUGAAUUAUUCGAAGGACUCGCGAUUGGACUGGAAAGCUCAGCCUCGUUCGUUUGGUAUAUGUUUGCAGCAGUGGCGGCUCAUAAAUUUGUCAUAGCGUUUUGCAUUGGCGUGGAAUUAAUCGCUUCGAACACCAGAACGUAUCUUUCGGUGAUUUAUGUCUGCACAUUUGCGGUCGUUUCUCCUUUAGGAAUCGGCAUAGGAAUGUUACUGGUUGGUGGCGAAAGCGCGGCUGCGAAUGGCAUACUUCCGGUUCUGCUGCAGGGUCUGGCUUCUGGUACAUUACUAUACGUAGUGUUCUUCGAGAUCCUUCAAGAGCAUAGAAGCGGCCUCAAACAGUAUUUGUCCAUUUUGGUUGGAUUCGCUGUGAUGUUUGUACUCCAGAUACUCACCGCACAUUCUCAUUCCCAUUCCCAUUCCCAUUCCCAUUCGCAUGGACACUCACAUGGAAACGACACCGACCAUCACCACGAAGAUGAUCACGACCACGAAUUGGAUUCCUACGAAUACAACCAUUCGAAUAAAACAAGUGAACAAAUAUUUACUGAUACAAUUGAUAAGGUAACAGAAAGCAUCGCAGAAACAGUCAGUACUGUUUUAUCUUCCUCGAUGAAAAAUCCAACAAAUACUUCAUUAAGAAUCAGGAAUGGUACGAGUUAAAACUUGUUCACGCGGGGGUGAAUCCCUUACUCGCUAAUAAUUACUCCACGAGACAAAUGUCUCUGUGAUUGUUACUUAUUUUUAGAAAUCAGCUAAUCGUGCUCCGUAAAAUUUACCAAUAAUCUUGGAAAAUUUUUUAAUUUUCUAAUUAGUAGAAAAAGAAGAAGAGUCUUCGUCGAAGGAAGACAGUAUUAUAAAU